AUGAUGACUGGAGGCUUAUCUGACACCAAGCCAGCCACUCCAGAGGUUCAGCAGAUUGCUAACCAGGUGAAGCCACAGUUUGAAAGCCAGAUAAACAAAACCUGUGCCAUAUUUACAGCCAUAGCAUAUAGGGAUCAACUGGUUGCUGGGAUGAACUACUUUAUUAAGGUCCAAGUUUCURAUGAUGACUAUGUCCACUUGAGGGUUUUUCAGAGUCUUCCUCAGGCGAACCAAGGUCCCCGUCUUGAUGGUUUUCAGACUGGCAAAACCAGAGAUGACCCUAUCACCUACUUCUAAGAGAUGAUGAGGAGCAGUGCCUCACCUCUGCAAGUCCUUAUGGGGUCCUGCCUGUGACAGUAAAUAAAAUAAAUCUGGAAAGCUA